AUGGACUACCAAAACCGCGCCGGCUCCAAAUUCGGCGGCGGCGGCGUCGCCUCCCAAUCCGCCACCAACGCCGACCGCCGCGAACGCCUGCGCAAACUCGCUCUCGAAACAAUCGAUCUCGAUAAAGACCCCUACUUCUUCAAAAACCACGUCGGCAGCUUCGAAUGCCGCCUCUGCCUCACAGUCCACCAGAACGACGGCUCCUACCUCGCUCACACCCAGGGCCGCAAACAUCAGACCAACCUCGCGCGGCGCGCCGCCAAAGAUGCCCAGCUGGGCAAGAAGCAGGAGGAAGGAUACACCGGCGCGAACGCCGUGCAGGUCAAGAAGAACAUCGUUAAGAUCGGCCGGCCGGGGUACUCCAUCACCAAGACGCGCGACCCGAUCACGCGGCAAGACGGCCUGCUCUUCUCGCUGCAAGUCCCCGAGAUCGCGCAGGACGUGGAGCCCAAAAUCCGCUUCAUGUCGGCGUACGAGCAGAAAGUCGAGGAUCCGCCGGAUAAGGCGUUUCAGUAUUUGUUGGUUGCCGCGGAGCCGUACGAGACGUGUGGGUUUAAGAUCCAGGCGAGGGAUAUUGAUAAGCGGGAGGAGAAGUUUUGGACGUGGUUCGAUGGGGAUAGUAAGACGUUCUGGGUGCAGAUUAAUUUCAAGACGGAGAGAGAGGAGAGGUAUAGUGGGGUGCCUGGGUUGGCGCCUUUGAGGGGACGGUGA